CGUCAGCUAGUAUUAUAAUACCAUGACAUGAAAUUUGGGGUCCCACACAAUAUGGCCGGCUUGGUAUCUUAUUCUUACUAUAUAAUAAUUUAGCAUUAACUAAAAAUAUUCACCACACUCGUGCUAAUUUUCUUCUAUCAUUUUAUUUUUGUUUUCUAGUUUUACUAAAAUGUCUAAGCGCUUUAAACUUAAAUUUCCUAAUGUUAAAUCUUUCCAAUUAUGUCGUUCCAAAGACCCUUCAUCCUUACCAGAAAAUCCUAAGCCGGUAAUUUACCGGCCAUCGCCGGUAAACCCGAAGGUUUUCGACAUCGGCUACCCGUCCACUCUACCGGCACCUCCGCCUUCAACACCGGAGUACUCGUUCGUGAUGCGACGCGCCGCCGCUUCAUCGAGGAUGAAAUCGGACGGCUGUGGGCCGACGACGUGCGCUCAGUACUUCUAUUCUGGCUGCAGCAGUACCGAAUUGCCUUGUUGCAAUUUCAAAACGACGUCGUCGUCUGCCGUGACGGAAAAAUAUUUCGUUAAGAAGAGAAAGAAUGAGAAGAAGCAGAAGCGAUCAAAAGCUCGGAGUGAUUACCGAAGAGACUUCGUUUCGUUUAGCAGCAGCAACGAUUAUGAUGAAGACGAGGACAGCGUAGUCCUUCUCGAUUCUUCAAGAAGCUUCUCGAAUGAGGUUGCUAAUGAUGAACCGAUUAUAAUGGAGAUACCGAACGAUAUUCCGAGAGUUCGAUCAAAGGAGAAGGUCGUGGAAGAUUCGAGAAUUCGGAGAGUGAAGAGCCAGAGUAAUUGCAACACCGGUAGUAGUAGUAGUAGUUCUAAGAAUCGGAAAGGAUCGGUCAAAACGGUGCCGUUUCAGGGAACAGCCGGUGACGUGGUGGAGGUAACAAAGGUGAGGGAAAGCGUAGCAGUAGUGAAGAAAUCGGAUGAUCCGUACGAAGAUUUCAAGAGGUCAAUGUUGGAGAUGAUAAUGGAGAAGCAGAUGUUCGAGGCCAGUGAUUUGGAGGAGCUUCUUCAAUGCUUCUUGACACUGAAUUCGCGCCAGUACCAUGGUGUUAUAGUCGAAGCUUUCUCUGAGAUUUGGGACAUCUUGUUCUGUGAUUCUCCUGUCAAACAACACCGACUCUCCUUUUAAAUUCACGCUUCAUACAUACAGCUACCUCUCUUGGUUUUUUUUUUGCUUCUUCUUUCGAGUGUUGUGUUUAUUUUGCAUGUAUGUUAAUACUUUAAUUCAAUUCGUUAUCUUUUUUCUUUCUAUUUAUUAUAUUCAUAAUUAUUUUGAAAAAUUAUGGCUCAUUAGUGUUUACAAGUGUAUAUUACUAAGUAAUUGUUAAAUGUAAACCCAAUUCAUUUAUUAAUCGUGUAAAAAAAACUAAAUAAUUAUGUUUAAAUUUUAUUAAUAUAUGUUAGAUUAGACGCCCAAAAUGAAGGGUAAAUAC